AUGUCGCUGUUGCGGGGGUCGCGGCCCCGCGGCGCCGGUAGGAAAGGCCCCAGGAAGUCGGCGGCGGCUAAGCGGGACUGGGACAGUACCGUCCAUGACUUGACAGUCCACCGUGCAACUCCUGAGGAUAUUCUGCGUCGCCAUGAAAUGCACAAAUCAAAAAACAAAGCACUGGCACAGCUGGAACUGCAAGAGAAAGCACUGAAAAGAAAAUGGAAGAAGCAAAACCAACUGGCUGGUGAUUCCUUGGAGAAAAGAAAAUUGACUCUGAUGCGUGAGAUUCUGUCUGAUCAAUACCAUUUGCAAGAUAUAUUGGGACGAUCUGAUCAGGUUUUGGCUGUGGCAAAAGACUUGUUCGGGGAUGCUCCUCGCACACGAACAGGUAGACCAUCUCAUUUAUAUGCUCUUAAUGAAGUGGAAGAGGAAGCAUUAUCAAUCUGUCAAUCAGAAGAUGAUCACCAUGACUCUCUGAAUUUUAAGUCCAGCAUCAAUUCUGACAGGCUACUUCAGUUAUUGAAAGAAGAAAAUUCCUUGGUGAAUUCUCAGUUGUGGGCUGAAAAGGAUAUGAGAAAAUCUACCUUGUCACAGGAAUCAAAUGUGCCUUUGACUCCAACAACUGCUUCUCCAUCACUGGAUCAGUCAGCCCUCAAUGCUACCAAUGUAGUCAAGAGAAUCCAUUCAAGACUUCAGAAUGAAGAUGAACAACAGACUUUAGACUCCACUUAUACUGUGAGACAAGUGCUGAACCCUAACUCAAGGAAAGAAAAGCAAAUUGCAGCAAAAAUGAAAAGAAAACAAACUGCACAGAACUCUGCAAGGCAGAGGAGAGAGGAUUCUCCAGCUAAUUCAAUCCACAUUGACUUUCGGAGGGACAACAAAUCCAGCCUAGAUGUCCUCAACAGCAUGAUACAUGAAAUGGAGCAUGAAUUGGAGGAGUAUGAGCGAUGUACAGGUCGUGAGGCUCAAAAAACGGAGAGAAGUGAAGGCGUCACUGGGUUUACCAUGUCACUGGUGAACGUGCUCUGUCGUUUGAUGCGCUACCUCAAAGAGAGUGAAGUGCAGCUGCAUGAGAAAGAAGUGAUCAGACAGCAGCAUGAGGAGAUGUUGAACGAACAUAGAGAACUCAUUGAUGCUCUGACUGCAGAAAUACUUCUAGUGAGGGAAGAAAACACUGCUAUGCAGAAGAAGCUUCAGCAAUACAUGACGGUAACAGAUGAACAGCUGACCUCUCUCACACAAGCAUUUAAAGGCCUCCCUUUGGUAGAACCUAGAAGAGAACAAAGUCCAAACCAGUUUGGAAUUGCAAGCAAAAAUCCAGUGAAUGGCCAAGAAAAACCUGAUUUGAGCUAUUUUGAGCCUAGAGCUGAUGCAGGCAAUAGGGAAGGUAUGCGGAAAUUCCCACAGGAAGAACUUCCUUUCCAAUUUCUCCAGAGGUCAGGUGCUUCAGGUGGUGCAGGAGCUGGUAGAAGUUUGCCACCUCACAUCUUCCAGCCAGCGGUUCUGUUGUCACCCCCCCGGCAGAAGAACAGUCAGGAAUUGUCUCCCCUCCAGAACGCAUUUACAGAUAUUCCUCAGUCUCCUGAAAACAGCGAAAGAGAAGGAUGCAAAGAAAGGAGCUCACCUUCCUCCUUGCGAACACAGAGCACAAAUGAGGAAAACUGUCUCAUCUCUCAAAGGCAACCAGUUCCUCCUGCAGACAAAGACUUGGAGAGUUCCCACAAGAAAAUCAGUCUGUCUUGCGCAGGUGACACUAGAAAAAAAAGCACAGCUGAAGAGUUAUUUCAGAACGGUGACCUGCUGGGACAGAUAGCUGAGCUCACUCGACAGAACUCUCUCAUUAAAGCUCAACUGAGCAAAUUCAGAGGCUUCUCUGAAGACACGAGUGACUGCCCACAUCAGCUGGACCCAAUACAAAACGCAAAUCCUACUCCAGACUCUUCACAAGGACAGACUCAUCUCCUCGUAACGAAGAGCUUGGAGGAAAGAAUAGCAGAGCUGAAUCGACAGAGUACAGAAGCACGUGAUAAACUGUUGCAGCUAAUAGACCAGCAGAAAUUAGCUACUGCUGAUAUGGUCCCUCCAGUGGUAUCUCCUGUUCUGCCCCCAUCCCUAAAUUAUACUGAAAAUGCAAGGAGGACAGUUGAAGUGUCCAUUCCCAUGGCAGUUGCUGUGGACAGCCCCAAAGAAGAUAGUGUUUCCCCUGCCAGCAUGACCAGUAUAAGAAGGUCUGUAGGUGACUCUGGCAAACCUUGUUCACCUCUAAGUUCCACAUCAGAAAGUGUGAAAUUAACUUCUGUCAGCCAAAGGCCAAAGAUGGAAAAGCAAAAAGAAGAAGGCUGGUUUGCAUUGUCAAUGCACAUUAUGUAG